CAGCAUUCUAUGCCGCUGAACUCCUUGAAAUCUUGGAAUGCAGAUCACAGGAAUACAAACAAGCACCUGGUUCAGAGGGCAAAGCUACACCGCCUCCAAACUUAUUUAUCAAUCCUCAAAGCCAUCUGGAUUGAAGUGAUUGUACCCUGGGGGAGGAAGGUGGGCCUAUCAUAUGACUUUGACAAACGUGAAUUAAUGCACUAUACCCGACGAAAAUGUGACAACAACAUAUCGCCCUCCAUCACAUUUGAUGAUGAUAAUGGCCAAACCCGGAUCGUAGCACUGCAAGCAAUAGUUCGAUGGUAGCGCUGGUAAAGCAGUAGGGUCACUGAUUAUGCUUGCGAACACAGUCAAAGGUCUGUCUCCAUACCACAUGUGCAUGAUGUACAAAAGUUGCGUGAUUCCAGUUAUGACAUAUGCAAGUGCCACAUGGUGGACCGGAA